AUGGCCAAUUGUGAAAAGUUAGUACCCAGGAGGGAUGAAGGAGGCUGUGCGACGGGCAGCGGAAUUCCCGUCGAACCGACGCGCUCCCUGAUCGCCGGCUCGAUGCGCUCUACGCUCGCCAGUGAUUCGGGUGCGAUCAUCCCCACCAAACCAUCGGCGGGGAAAAAGAGGGGCCAAAGGAAGACCCCCGUAGUAACUUCCGACGACGGCGGUGCGUCAUCCUCCAGCACUGAGGUGCCGGAAAAGACCAUGGCCAUCGAGGACGUGGCUCCGGUGAUUUCGGGGCCUGCCGCGUCGAAAGACACGAUGCCCGCACCCCAGCGGGCACCAGUAAGGAGGAGGGGUGCCGUGUCACCGGCGACAUCGGUGGAGUCGAUGUCGACGUCGGUUGCGUCUCUGGCUAGCGGGGACGAGACGUUUCGUGAUCUCGACCUCGCGCUGGUCAAUCUCGGUAAACUGCUGUCAACCGUGGCUGCCAAGGGCGCCCAACCAGGCAGCAGCUACCGGAAAAGGCUUCGGGAGGGAGCCGCUAUGGUAAGGACGAGACUGAUCCCCACCAUGUCCAAGCUCUAUGACUUGGUGGCGAGCCGGGAGGCUGAAAACAAAGGCCUCGUCGCACAGCUUGACUCCAGGGAGAGUCGCAUCCCGGGGGACUCCUCGGCCUCGCAGGGAGAGACUUCCCUGUCGCCAGUGCCUACGCUGGCAUGCUCUGGGCCCUCCGUGGGUACGAUGGACACUAACGUGCCCUCGCAGGCUGCAAUGAGUGUGGCGGCGCCUAUGACAGCGCCCAUCCCUGUGGCCCCUGUGACGCGAGCACUCACUCCCGUGCUCCCCCGACCCCCACGGAGAGUUGAGUUAAGGCCUGCGCCGCCUCCGUCGAUACCGGCUGCCUCUGCAUCCACACGGAGAGGAAGAGUAAGGCCUGCGCCAGCGCAGGCUGGCGACAUCCGUUCGCCACUUGCGAAGAUGGUGGACGAGUGGCCGGCGCUGCCACGGCCUAGGAUUGCGGAGCCACCUCUUUCGCCCCCGCGUGCUGCGGGGUCGCAGAGGCCAAACAAUAUGGCUGCUGGGAUGGGGGGGUGGAUGACUGCCUCCCAAGCAGAGAGGAAAUUGUGGCCUGCAUCUCGCGGGCGGUGGCGGUUGAGGUCGGCAAGCACUUUGCCGGCCUCGAGGAGAUGCUCCGCUCCUCAAUUCGUUCCGGAGACUGCAUCCCGGUGCCAACAGCCGCGGUCAGCCCGCGGGAUCGGGCCGCCCGGCCGACCUCCGCUCCUACCCCACCUGCGAGAGUGGUUCGGCGUGGAGGCCGGAACCAGAACAACAGAGGUGUGA